GGAAUCCAUAUCCAUACCACUCCGGUUAGAAUAUUCUGUAUGUGAAUGUCAAUGAAAAAGUAUUGUGUUCUUGAAUGACAAUGUGUUUUUGCGAUUAGCACUCGAUUAUUUAUUGUUUGCGGUGUUUGGUGCGAUCCUGACUAACCUCGUUAUCUGGUGAUAAAUUGGACAAUUAUUAUUAAAACAAUAGCAGAAAUAUGGCAAGAUUAACUCCUGCAAUUAUCUUACUUUCUCUAUCAACAUUAGUUGCUGCUCAAUUGGAUUCAUCAAUUCAUUUUCCGGGAGACUCUAGUUUUCCUGCUUCCAGUUUACAACAGGCUGUAGGAAGUCCAUAUGAAAAUUAUGUAGAUCUGGUAAUUGCAAGGGGCAUUAAUAAAUUAUGCUUAGAAAUCAACCAGAAAUAUCAGGAAACAAAUGGGUUGAUAAAGGUUGAUAAUACUGUGUUUUCUCCUAUAAACAUUGCAGGAGCUUUAGCACUCCUCUUACUAGGAUCAAAUGGUCAAACAUUUAAAGAAUUAGCUACGGUAUUAGGACUGGCUACAGGACUGGACAUCGAAAACAACUCUGAACGAGUACACGAACAUCUAGGGCAGAUAUUGCGAAGAAUAGAGGAACGUCCUUACUCUGUAGGAGAAGACGAACAGCAAAUCAACUUCGCUAAUGCAAUUUUUGUGCAAGAAAGCUUUCCCAUUAGAAAAAUAUACAAGGAGACCGCCGAUAGUCUAUAUAAAUUCGAAAUUUUUAAUCUUAAUUUUGAACGAGAACCAGUAAAAGCACAGAAGUAUGUGAAUGCUUGGGUCUCCGAUAGAACUGUGGGAAAGAUCAAGGACAUUCUGAGUGAGCCUCCACUACCAAGCACUAAAAUAAUUCUAGCUAGUGCUAUGUACUUCAAAGCUAAAUGGGAAAUUCCUUUCUUGGGUGAAGGGGUGACACAAAGGAGACCUUUUUACCCAAACGGCAGGAGGUCGCCUUCAGAGUUUCAAGUAGAACUGAUGACAGUUGAUGGCGAAUUUCCAUAUUUCGAAGACACAGAAUUAGGUUGUCAAAUUGUAGGACUUCCCUACAAAGGAAGAAGCACCGUCCUCUACCUAAUUAUGCCAUUUGAGUCAAGCGCCCAAAAACUUAAACAAUUUGAAGAUAAAAUCACAGUAGCCGACUUGGAAUCUUUAGCACAGAAGACAGCUUACAAAAACGCCACGAUAAGCAUUCCCAAGAUGACGUUGGACAGUACUUUGGACGUGAAAUCUAUUUUGUCCAACCUAAAUGUUCGACAUUUAUUUGACGAAUCCGCCAACUUGGGGCUUCUGUCACCUGGUAUCGAAAAUUCCAGAGGACUUCUGCUUCCACAGCAAGAAUAUGUACUAAAUCCACUAACCCCAGACGAAAGUCAUCACGAUGAUGAUAUCAUCAUUUAUAGUAGAUCUGGCAAACCAGUAAACUGUUCAAAUAUUUUUGACAUUUCUAAUAACAUUACAACUUGUGAAGAGAUUGGGGAGCACUACAAAGGUGAACACAAAAGAAACAAAAGAGUAAGUUCGUUCUAUAGUGAGACCAUCGAUAGUUUGAGACAUAUUAUCAACCAACAAUCAGGAGAUAACAAUGGUCGAAAUCCACGUUUAUAUGUAGAUAAAAUAUUCCACAAGGUUUACAUGCAGGUUACGGAAUCUGGAACUGAAGCAGCGGCUGCAACUGCAACUUUCACAUUUUGGUCUAAGCCAGAAGUUAGCUUCAGAGCUGAUGUUCCUUUCAUAUUUUUCAUGAGACAUGAAGCAACGAAAACUAUCAUGUUUUGGGGAUCAGUUGAAAAGCCAACACCUUAUUUCAACACAGGUUCUGUUAGAAUAUUUCGACAUUUUAUCGAUGACGCACUGAAAGACGGGUUUGGUAUGAACUUUAUAUUUAUUUUGGGGAGACCUUUUUACCCAAAUGGCAGAAAAUCCCCUUCAGAGUUUGAGGUAGAGCUUAUGGGGAACGCAGGCGAAUUCCCAUAUUUAAAAGAUCACAAAUUAGGCUGUGAAAUUUUAGGACUUCCAUACAAAGGAAAUAAAACUGUCUUCUACGUAGUUAUGCCAUUUGAGUCCAGCGUUGAAAAACUUAAAGAGUUCCAAAAUCGAAUAACAGAGGCAGACUUGGAAAGCUUGGCAGACAGGACAGUUUACAGAAAAGCUUUAGUCAGUUUUCCCAAAAUGACGGUGGAAAGUACUUUAGACAUGAAUUCCAUUUUGACUAAAUUGAAUGUAAUAAAUUUAUUUGAUCCUGAAUCUGCCCAGUUGGGGCUUAUCUCACCUGGUGUGGCAACUAUUAGGAGAAUCCUAUCUGGACAAUCUGAAUACGACGAAUUUGUAAAAAAUUCUCUAACCCCGUCCUCAAGUAACCCUGAUGAUGUAAUUAUUUUCGAUAAAUCUGGCAACCCUGUAAAUUGUUCGAGUAUUUUUGACAAGACUAACAACAUUACAACUUGUAAAGAGAUAGAGGAAGACUCCAAAAAAGCAAACAAAAGAAUUAACAGGAUAAUUUCGAAUGAUGGAGGUAAUAUUGACACCUUAAGACAUCUUCUCGAUCGACAAUCGGGAGAUAGCAAUAACCAAAAUCCAGGUUUAUAUGCAGAUCGAAUAAUUCACAAGAUUUCUCUACAGAUUACAGAAGAAGGCACUGAAGCAGCAGCCACGACAGCCAUUCUUAUAGUUAAGAGUUAUGCAAGAGUUAAAUUUAGAGUUGAUGUUCCUUUCAUAUUUUUUGUGAGACAUGAAGAAACCAAAACUAUAUUGUUUUGGGGAUCAGUUGAAACACCAACUCCUUGUUUCAAUACAGGUUUGCUGAUUCAAGAAACCACUGGGCAUGAAACAAACCAUUUUAGUCCACACGUUCUUGAAUCGGCCAAUGGAUACCUUUCUGCAUUUCAAAGAUUAAAGAGACAUUCAGAAUAUACAGCAGCCCUACAGACCUUGAGACGUUUUUACCCAAAUGGUAGAAAGUCCCCCUCUGAGUUUGACGUAGAAUCGAUGUCAAAUGCAGGCGAAUUCCCUUACUUGAAGGAUACCAGAUUAGGUUGCGAAAUUUUAGGACUUCCCUACAAAGGAAACAAAACCGUCUUCUACAUAAUUAUGCCGUUUGAGUCAAGCGUUCAAAAGCUUAAAGAUUUCCAAAAUCGAAUUAGAGAAGCAGACUUGGAAAGUUUGGCAGACAGGACAGUUUAUAGAAAAGCUUUAGUCAGUUUUCCCAAAAUGACGGUGGAAAGUACUUUAGACUUGAAUCCAAUUUUGACUAAAUUGAACGUAAGAAGUUUAUUUGAUCCUGAAUCUGCCCAGUUGGGGCUUAUCUCACCUACCACAGCAAAUAUAAGAACGACUCAAUUGAGACCAGUUCCACAGGGAACAGCUCAAUUAAAUCCUCUAAGACCAUUCCCAAGUAAUCCCAAUAACGUAAUUAUUUUUAAUAGAUCUGGUCAACCAGGAAACUGUUCGAAUACUUUUGGCAAUACCAAUAAUACCACACCCUGCAAAGACCGUAUGGAAGAUACCAAAGGAGAAGCCAAAGUGAUCAACAAAACGGGAGAUAAAAUAGGCAGCAGAGUAGCCAGAAAUAUAUCGAACAGAAAAACGAAAAGAACAAUUAUGAGGUCUGGUGAGAAUAUCGACAAUUUGAGGCAUCUUCUCGACCAACAGCCAGCAUAUAACAGUUAUCAAAAUCCUGGUUUAUAUGCAGAUAGAAUAAUUCACAAGAUUUUUCUACAGAUUACAGAAGAAGGUACUGAAGCAGCAGCAACGACAGCAGUUCUGCUGAUCAAGAGUUACUCAAGAGUAGAGAUUACUAGUGAGAGGAAUAUAAAAACAGACACCACAAGGAGACCUUUUUACCCAAAUGGGAGGAAGUCCCCUUCGGAGUUUGAAGUAGAAAUGAUGGCAGUCGGAGCCGAAUUUCCAUAUUUCAGAGAUAGCAAAUUGGGCUGUGAAAUUUUGGGACUCCCCUACAAAGGAAACAAAACCGUCUUUUACAUAAUCAUGCCAUUUGAUUCAAGCGUUCAAAAGCUUAAAGAAUUUGAAGAUCGAAUCACAGAAAUGGACCUGGAGACUCUAGCAGAAAAAGCAAUUUACAAAAAAGCUCUGGUAAGCUUUCCUAAAAUGACACUGGAAAGUACUUUAAAUAUGAAAUCUGUUUUGGCCAAAUUAAAUAUAACGAACUUGUUUAAUCCUGUAACGGCUAAUUUGGGCCUUAUCUCGGCUGGACCAGGCAACAUUCCAUUUAAACGAAACCCACAUGAAAAAUCUGAAAUAAACCCUCUAACUCCAAACCAAGAUCCUGACGAUGUAAUUAUUUUUAACAAAUCUGGAAAUCCAGUAAACUGUUCAGGUAUUUUUGACAACUCCACUAAUAUUACCACUUGUGAAGAAACUGUGGUAGAUGCCAAAGGAGAACAUAAAGUUAUUUACAAGAAGUUUGGAGACAAAAUAGGUCGUAGGAUAGAAAAGAGUAUGUCGAACGAAAAACCUAUAAAAAAUUCUAGAAAACCAUUCUCGGAUUCUAGAGAUACUAUAGAUAAUUUGAGACAUCUUAUCAACAAACAGUCAGCAGAUAACAACUACCUAAAUCCAGGUUUAUACGCAGAUAAAGUCAUCCACAAGGUCUUCCUGCAGGUUACUGAAGCUGGCACUGAAGCAGCGGCCACAACCAUAGUUGCUCUACCUAGGAGCUACUCUAGUAUUGGUUUCAGAGUUGAUGUUCCUUUUAUAUUUUUCAUGAGACAUGAAAGCACAAAAACGAUAUUGUUUUGGGGAUCAGUUGAGAAACCAACUCCUUAUUUUAAGACAAGUUCUUAAAAUUAUAUGCUUAGAUUCAAAUUCGAUUAUAGAACCCUAUUUGACAAUAAAUACAUCACAAAAAACUGUUGAUAUUUUUUCUAUGCCGUUCAUUUAUUUUUCUAUGCCGUUUAUUUAUAUUGUAAGAUGCCCAUAACAUAAUUAUUUAUUGUUAUCGCCAUUCACGCCCAUUAUUUUUUAUGUUUUUACUGCCACAGUUGCUAAUUCUUUAAGUCAAUGCAAUGCAAAAAGAUGAUUUUCAUAAAUGAUGUUAGAGAAUAUUACAA